AUGUUGAAGGACCAAGUUGAGAUGCUUAAAGUUAUAGUUACUGACCGCGUCACCGCCUUGAUGAAUUUGAUUGCAAAGGUAUUUCCUACUUCUUACGCAUUACUCUGUAGGUAUCACAUAACAAAGAAUGCGAGAAGUCGGGUUAAACCCACGGUAAGGACGAAACAGAUAGAGUCCGAAGAUGGAAAAAUGGUGAAGGCGGGUGUGGUUGUGGAAAAAAUAAUGGAUGCAUUGAAUCGUAUAGUGAAGGAGAAGAUUGUUUGUGCUUGUACUAAUAAGGUUAGACAUCUUAGAAAUACAACAACUAACCGAGUUGAGUCUGCCCAUGCUACAUUUAAGAAUUGGUUGGGAAAUAGUAAGGGUGAUUUGUAUAGAGAUUGGGACUUCGUGAACCAAAUGAUUCAAAACCAGCACAAUGAGAUACAUACAUCAUUUGGUCGGAGUAUCACAGUUUUAGAACACAACUUUAAAAAUAAUAAUCUUUAUUCUCAGUUGGUUGACAACAUAUGUCGAGCGGGUUUGAAUUAUAUUUUUCACGAGGCUAAACGAGUUGAUAAUGUAGGCUCCGAUAGCGCAAAGUGUGAAUGCACAAUUAUGAAAAUAUAUGGUCUCCCAUGUGCUUGUGUUAUUGAAAAAAGGGUGAAACUUGGUAGCCUGAUAAGAUUGGACGAGGUUUGA